AUCAGUCACUCUCUACUUUAAACUGAGAAGAAUAAUUCCCAAUUAACAGUCAACUGAAAACCUAUCCUAUUUUUCUAAACUGUUGUGGGUUUGGACUUGGGCUUAAAGCUAUUUGGGCUUUGUUCACUUUUUGGGUACUAAACUACCGAAGCUACGAACCAAGCAGUGAAGUUACUGGCCUUCAUGGGUAUUCAUGGAUGUGACGCGGAUUGUAACUGCUAUUCGUCACUGUGGGCGAAUUCGAGCCUUCAAAACUGGAAAAUCACUUCAUUCUCAUCUAAUCCGACACGGGUCUUUGAAUGAUGUGUUUAUUGCCAACAAUUUGAUCGCCAUGUACGUGGAUUUCUCAAUUUUGAAUGAUGCACAACGAUUGUUUGAUGAAUUGCUUCACCGAACUGUUGUUACUUGGACUACCAUGGUCUCUGCAUAUACGAAACUUGGAAGUCCUCAUGUAGCUCUUAGACUCUACACUCACAUGUUGGAGGCACAAUCUGAAAGGCCCAACGGGUUUUUGUAUUCUGCAGUUUUAAGAGCUUGUGGUACUGUGGGUGAUCUUGAAAUGGGUAGAGCUAUUCACAGUGACAUUUCUAGAGAUGAAUGGGAGUAUGACACUGUGUUAAUGAAUGCCCUUUUGGACAUGUAUCUAAAAUGUGGGAGUUUGAGUGAUGCCCGGAAAGUUUUCGAUGAGAUUGUAGUAAAAAAUUCGACUUCGUGGAACACCAUCAUUUCAGGAUAUAGCAAGGAGGGUGAUAUCGUGGAGGCAAAGAAUUUGUGGCAGCAAAUGCCAGAACCCGAUGUUGUAUCUUGGAACAGCCUUCUUGCUGGUUUUGCGAAUAAACAGAGUCAUUUUGCAUUGGGACUUGUAAGCAUGAUGCACCAGAAAGGCCUCAAGCUUGAUGUUUUUGCAGUGCCUUGUGCUCUUAAAACCUGUGGUUGUCUACGUUUAUUAGGCAUGGGGAAACAGGUUCACUGUUAUGUUGUCAAAUCAGGUUUUGAGUGUUCUUGUUUUACAUUAUCUGCUCUCAUUGAUAUGUAUUCAAAUUGCUCUGAACUGGAUGCGGCAGUAAAGCUAUUUGAUAAAUACUUGAGCUGCAAAUCUUCUAGUCAUGAUAGCUUGUCUAUUUGGAAUUCUAUGCUUUCUGGAUAUGUUGUUAACGAACAGCAUGAUGCUGCUAUCAGCCUGGUGUCACAAAUUCAUAGCUCUGGCACACAUAUGGACUCCUACACUCUUAGUAGUUCUUUAAAGAUUUGCAUCGACUUGCACAACUUGAAACUUGGGCUCCAAGUCCAUGCUUUGGUUGUUGUCUGUGGGUAUGAGUUGGAUUAUGUUGUAGGAAGCAUUCUUGUAGAUUUCUAUGCAAGACAUGGGAACAUUAGGGAUGCAUUGGGAUUGUUUUGGAGACUCCCGAAGAAAGAUGUUGUAGCUUGGUCUAGUUUGAUUGCAGGUUGCGUUAAUGGGGGAUCAAACUCGUUUGCGUUUUGGCUGUUUAAGGAAAUGAUUAGAUUGGAUAUAGAAGUUGAUCAAUUUGUUAUUUCAAGUAUUUUAAAAGCUUGUUCAAGUCUAGCAGAGCAUAAAAGUGGUCAACAGAUUCAUGCUUUUUGUGUUAAGAUUGGGUAUGAAUUAGAUCAGGUAGCGGUUACCUCUUUAAUUGAUCUGUACUCAAAAUGUGGUGAAAUUGAGUCUGGAUUAGCUUUAUUUGAGUAUGUGUCUGAGAAAGAUACCGUGUGUUGGACAGGGAUUAUAGUGGGGUGUGGGCAAAAUGGAAGAGCGAAGGAGGCAAUUGGGUUUUUCCGAAAGAUGAUAAAAUUAGGGUUAAAGCCAAAUGAAUUCACUUUUUCUGGUGUCCUUUCUGCCUGUAGACAUGCUGGUUUAAUUGAAGAAGCAAGGGUCAUAUUAAAGUCUAUGAAAUCAGAAUACGGACUGGAACCACAAUUAGAGCAUUACCAUUGCAUGGUUGAUCUUCUUGGUCUAGCUGGACUUUUCAAAGAGGCAAUGGAAUUGAUUGCUGAAAUGCCAUUUGAACCUGAUCAAACAAUAUGGGGGUCCUUGCUUGGGUUCUGUGGGACUCACACGAACACUGAACUAGUCGAUUUUAUUGCUGAACGCCUUAUUGCUAUCUCUCCUGAAGAUCCUUCUGUAUAUGUGAGACUUUCAAAUAUUUAUGCAUCAUUGGGAUUAUGGGAUGAUUCAAAUAUGGUGAGACAAGCAAUCAAGGAAAUGGGCAUAAAAGAAGCUGGGAGAAGCUGGAUUGAGAUUAGAAAUUAAUUAAUCCUGCUUCAUUACAUAGCUAGGGACAAUUGCAUUAUGGCUAAUUAAGGAGGCAAUCAGGAUUUUGCAAGAUGUUAAAAUUAGGGUUAAAGCCAAAUGAAAUAACCUUUUCGGUUGUUUCUGGCUGUGGACAUGCUGGUUUAGUUGAAGAAGCAAGGGUCAUAUUUAAGUCCAUGACUGCAGAAUUUGGACUGGAACCACAAUUAGAGCAGUACUAUUGUAUGGCUGAUCUUCUUCGUCGAUUUUCAAAAGAGGAAAUGAAAUUGAUUGCUGAAAUGUUGUAUGCGUCUUGACCAAACAAUAUGGAUUUCCUUGCUUGGGGCCUGUACCCUGAGCUGAUUGAUUUUAUUGCUGAACAGGUUCUUGUAGUUUCUUCUAAAGAUCCCUCAGUAUAUGUUUAUGUUACAAUUAUCCUUCAGUAUAUGUUACAAUUUCGAACAUUUAUGCUUCAUUAUGAUUGGGGACAAACUAUCAGGGAAGUGGGCAUAAAAGAAGCUGGGAGAAGCUGGAUUGAGAUUAGAAAUUGAUGUGUCCAGCUUUAUUGAAUAAAACUAUAUAGUAUUUUGGAGAUGCAGGAAGGCCACAAGAGUUUUUGGCACUUGCAAGGAUCUCGAUACGAAGCUGGGUCCUUUCGGCAAAGUUCAGAGUAUGUUGCAUUUUAUUCCAGAUCACUUCCUCCCUUUUGUUGAGCUCCACAGCUGAAUUUAGCUGAAGUUCAGUCUCAGCCAAUCCCUUGGGACCAGCUCCAUAAGUUCUAUAAUGUCUUCUAACUGCUGAAGUUGUCACAUUGUACAUGUAUAGAACAUAUUCUAUGUAUUGUAAUCCACUGAGUCAUGAAUUUUUAAUACAUUCAAGGUAUAAUCCAUAUCAGUGUU